AUUCACCAUGAAGCUUGUAAGAUUCUUGAUGAAACUCAAUAAUGAGACUGUGACCAUCGAGCUCAAGAAUGGCUCCCUAGUCCAUGGAACAAUCACUGGUGUCGAUAUGCAGAUGAACACCCACGUCAAAACUGUCAAGAUGACAGCCCGUAAUCGGGACCCAACAUCCCUCGACUCCCUAUCUAUUCGUGGUAACAACAUCCGGUAUUUCGCGCUCCCUGAUGCACUUCCUCUAGAUACCCUCUUAGUGGAUGACGCGCCGAAGCCAAAAGGCAGGAAGAAGGAAGAGCGACGCGAAAGGGGAAGGGGACGAGGGAUGGACCGUGGGCGUGGUCGGGGAAGAGGUCGAGGAAGGGGUUUCUGAUGGUAAAUACCAGGCUCAUUGUGAGACGAAGAGCGCGCGUAGGGUACACCACUCAGCAGAUAUAAACCCCUCUAUGUAUAGCUAAACGCCUUGUUGUCUUGUCCCUCUGAAAAGCGGGUACUACUUUCAGUAAGAUGGCCGUGUAUUGAAGUGAAUAUCGAUAACACCAUGAGCU